CGGCGGGGAGCGCAGAGCAGGACGUUGCGCCCUUGCGCCCUUCAUAGGGUGCGCGGAGCCAGGGAGUCUUGGGCCUUGGAGGGCAGCGGAGAACGUGGAGCCCGAGCUGCGGGGCGCGGACGGGAGACGCAGAGCCCGGGGUAAUGGGCCUUGGAGGGCGCGGGGACCCGGGCGCAUAGGGGCUCGGGGUGAGCGCAGGGCCUGGCGCGCACGGUCCCGGAGCGCAGCGCAGCCCGCCAGCGAGGCCGCGGCCCCGGAGCUCCGUGCGGGUGCGAGUGAGGGUGCGGGGCUCCGCGCGCCCUGGGUCCCCGCCCCCGAAGCCCGGCCCCGUGCUGGGUUGUGGAGCACAGGCGGGGCGGGGAGGCCGCGGGGCCGCGCCACGUCCCCCGAGCGGCCGCUGCAAGCCGGGGGCUUUUGUGUCCGCGGAGGCCGCGUCUCCCCCGCGCGCGGGCGGAACGCAGCGCAGCGCGGCCCAGGGCGCGCGUAUUCUGCGGGCCGGGCGCGGGCGCCGCCCCCAGGCCGCGGCCCUGAGCCCGGCUGAGCCCCGCGAGUGUGCGGAGCCCCGAGGCCUCGGCCGCCUCCCAAACUUUUCAAAGUCGGCCCGCGGCCCGGCAGGCCUGGGCUCCGAGCUCGGCCGGGAGGACCCCGGGGACCAGGAGGAGGACCCGGAGGACCAGAAGGAGGACCCGGAGGAGGAGGGGCCACCGCAUCAAAGACGCCGGCUUCCCGCGGCCCGGGGGCGAGCCAUGCGCGGCGGUCGGUAAUGUCAGCGGAACAGGACAAGGAGCCCAUCGCGCUGAAGAGAGUUCGAGGUGGUGAUAGCGGACUGGAUGGGUUAGGAGGACCAAAUAUACAAGUAGGAAGCCCAGAUAAGAAAAAACGCAAGGCCAGCACACAGGGACCUUCCUUUCCUCCGUUGUCUGAGUAUGCACCACCACCAAAUCCAAACUCCGACCAUCUAGUGGCUGCCAAUCCCUUCGAUGACAAUUACAACACUCUUUCCUACAAACCGCUGCCUUCGUCCAAUCCCUAUCUCAGCCCUGGUUAUCCUGGCUUUGGAGGCUACAGCACAUUCAGAAUGCCACCUCACGUCCCCCCAAGAAUGUCUUCCCCCUACUGUGGUCCUUACUCACUCAGGAAUCAACCACAUCCAUUUCCUCAGCAUCCUCUGGGCAUGGGCUUUAACCGGCCUCAUGCUUUUAACUUUGGGCCGCCCGAGAAUCCGAGUUUUGGAAACCCACCGUACAAUAACGUACUGACGCAGGACAUUAACAUGCCUAGUCAGCCUUUUAGACAAAGUUCUGCUGAGAACUUCAGUCCGAUUCCCCCACAGAAUGCUGGCCAAGUAUCUAACCCUGACCUGCCAUCUAAUUUUGUCCCUGGAAACAAUUCAAAUUUUACCUCACCGUUAGAAUCUAAUCAUUCUUUUAUUCCGCCCCCAAACGCGUUUGGUCAAGCAAAAGCACCACCUCCCAAACAAGACUUUCCUCAAGGGGCAACCAAACCCACGAAUCAGAAUUCCUCUGCUCACCCACCUCACUUAAAUAUGGAGGACACGGUCAAUCCGAGUAAUGCUGAAUUAAAAAAUGUCAACAGAAACAAUGCGGUCCAAGAGAACAGCCGUUCGGGUAGCACAGAGGCCACCAACAGCCAUGCCAACGGGACCCAGAACAAGCCCCGGCAGCCCAGGGGCGCAGCCGAGCUGUGCACGCCCGACAAAAGCCGCAAGUUCGCCCUGCACCCCGGCCGCCAUGGCCAUUCCUCCUCCGACCCGGUGUACCCGUGUGGGAUUUGUACAAACGAAGUGAAUGACGAUCAGGACGCCAUCCUGUGCGAGGCCUCUUGUCAGAAGUGGUUCCACCGCAUCUGCACCGGAAUGACCGAAACAGCCUAUGGGCUCCUGACGGCCGAGGCCUCUGCAGUGUGGGGCUGUGACACAUGCAUGGCCGACAAGGAUGUCCAGCUGAUGCGCACUCGAGAGGCCUUCGGUCCGCCCGCCGUGGGCGGUGAUGCCUAACCACGGCCCUCACCUAACCCGGGUUCGUUUUCUCCCUGCAGAACAGAGAUUUGGUGACAGAGGAUUUUCAUGUUCGACAUUUUUUUGAAAUGGCACAUACAAAAAUACUACGUUUUAGUUCUUACUAACAUUGCGACUCAUCUUGUUGUGUUUGUUGUCUUAAAUAUUUGAGAUGGGUGUGUGUGGGGGUGCUGUAGAGACACUUAUAAAUAAAUGUUCAUUGUUAUUUAUCAUAAACAUAAAAGCCUCUUGAAGCUUCUAAAUAAUAUAUGACAAAGGUAGGCAAGUUUUAACUUUUAAAACUCAGUCAUUAAAAAAUUUCAGUGCUAAAUUUUGACCAUCAGACAGUACACAUUUAGUUCAAGAGUAGAGUGAUUCAACAUGUUACCUGAAUACAAUCUGUGUAGCGAUAAUCAGGGGUGGGGAAUGUGUAUGUUUAAUGGAUUUUAAUGUUUUUUUAAAUUUUAAUGUUAGAUUUUGACACCUGAUUCUUCCUUUGCUAGGGUCUUUGAAAUCUGUGGAUUUCUUUGUUUAAAUAAGUCUUUCCAGGAUAUCUAUGUAGGUACAAGAUAGACCUGGAUCAUAGCAUAGAGUCUAUUCCCAGUAGUAGUUGCUAAUUAUCUGGUGGGUUGUGCCUCAAGACACUGCUAAUAUCAGCUUACUAACUUUACUAAAGUUGGUGUAACAUGUUUCCAAGUGUGUCCUUCAGAAUUAAUGCUGGCAUUAUGCUCUCAGUUUUUAACUUAUUUGGUUUUUUGUUCAUGCUCUCCGUUUGAUAACGCAGUAUCUUCAGACUGGCGAACUCUCUCCUCUACAUGUUUCUAGCCGGGACAGUGUAGUCUGACAGUGCUCUGCUGCUCGGAGAACCAAGUAGUGGAGGCUGGAGGAGUGUUCUGGAGAUCUGACCUUGCAAAAUGAACCUAAGGGAAGUUCACAAUCCACUUUAAGUAAAGGUAGUCAAGAGCCAAGGCCAGAACUUACUUGGGGCUGUACCUCAGGCUUUGUGGUGUCUGCUGUAACUGGGGACAGGUGAAAAUGCACCCAAGAGGACCUUCCUUCUAGAGUGAUGCUCCAAGAUCCAAAAUAACACACAUGUAUUUUAGGAGCAGAUCAUAACCUGUGACCAGAAUAACCAAAUGGUCUAUCGACAAUAGAUAGCAACUUAGACAAUGGUGGGCUAUUGAUAACUAUCCUCAAUAAUGCUUUGCCGUUUAUUCAUAAUCAGUGUGACCAUAAAAAGUUCUGAAUGUGGGGCUGGUGGCCUGGCCCUUCAGACAGGUGCCCUUGCUGUGUUCUUGCAGAGGACCUAUGUUCAGUUCCCAGAACCCACAUUAAUCAGCUACACAACUGCAUGUAUCUGCAUUUCCAGGGACCUGAUGCCCUCUUCUGGCCUUUCUGAGCACUGCACACACAAGGUGCAUAUACAUAACUCAUCAUGCACAGAUACACAUAAAAUAAAAACAUCUUAAAAAUACAAUAAAAACAUUUAAAAAUGCAAAACUCUGAAUACUGUGGUGAUCUCAAGGGAGAUAAUUACUACAAUAAUUACAACGACAGCAGCCAUAUGUUAUCAAGAAACUUAAAAGUGUAUGAAGAUUUUUCACAUAGGCCUGGAGAGAUGGCUCAGCAGUUAUGAGAACUAGCUGCUUUUCCGA